AUGCCUACAAUCCUCCUAAUCAAUGGACCCAACCUCAACCUCCUGGGAACCCGCGAACCCCAUCUCUAUGGCUCAACAACCCUAGCCGACGUCGAAGCCAACGCUAAAAGCCUUGCAAAAACCAAGAACAUCACACUAGAGGCCUUCCAAUCCAACCACGAAGGCGCAAUCGUCGACCGAAUCCAAGAAGCUCGUGGGAAUGUCGAUGCGGUACUCAUCAAUCCCGGUGCACUGACACAUACUAGUGUUGCAGUCCGCGAUGCAUUGCUGGGUGUUUCAAUUCCGUUUAUUGAGAUCCAUAUUACCAAUAUCCAUACUCGGGAGGCAUUUAGACACCACAGCUAUUUCUCCGAUAAGGCAAUUGCUUGUAUCAUUGGGUUGGGGGUUUAUGGCUAUGAAGCUGGAAUUGAGUAUGCGGCUCGCCACUUGGUUCAAAAUGUUUGA